AUGGGGCGGAAGGAUACGCUCGACAAGCCCUCGCACGUGACCAAUCGUGAGAUGUGGUCGCAGCUACAGGCGAGGGAGCAGGCGGAAGGACUGGCGGCUGCCUGGGACGUCAUCCAGCUGCGGCCAACAUUACUGCGGUCUCUUCGCACACUCUCGACCGAAACAUACCUUCCUCGCGGUCCACACUGGUACUCCGCCGCUCCGUUUCCCCAGAUUCAGCUCCUGAAUGACCGAGCACAGACUGCGCUAUUCGACUUUGUCGCCACCCACGCCGGUCUCGAGCACUUUUGCCAUACCACCUGGGGACCUCUAUUCUUGAGCGACCAGCGGUAUCCCCCCAAACGCACACAUGAAAGCUUGGCCCGCCUCGGCGUGGCUACCCACGGGGACCCGGUGCGUUCCCCAAAUCAGACCCUGCGGCUCGGCGGAGAAAGUACGAUCUACCACCAUCGUCUGGACGAGAGCGGGGCUCAGCCUAGCACGUACGAAGCUGUUCGCCGUGUCGUCCUCAGGGUAUGGAGGGUCCGUGACCGGGCGGCCAAGGCUUCACUCAACCCCACACGCCCCCUCCACCUUCAGGUCUUUGCGCAGUUGCGGUCUACGCACAAGCCUGCUGAGCUUAGCGACGAGGGCAAAGAGAAGUGGCGGCAGACAGCGCGAGAAAUCGAGAAGGAGCUGUGGGAUCUGAUCAGCAAGCCGGGUGGGGAAGGCGGAUUGACUCGGGCUGGAGAUAAGCUCGUCUUCCGUCGGUUGUUCGAUGCGGACGAAUGCGGGUCGUGCGGAUGGUCACCUGGAGAUAUAGAGAUCACCUCUCCCUCAAACACCUCCAUCAUCUUUGCUGCAGCGAUGAUAUCGUCACUGCCGCAACCUGGAACGGAUUACAGCAGCCAGUAUGGCCGCUCGCUGCCACUCGAACUUCUCACACUCAUCUUCUCCAAUCUCUGCGAACUGCCUGUCGCUCACAGGCCAUGCUGGACGGAGCCUGCUCGACCUAGCUGUCAAUCUGCAUUGGCUGCUCUUGUACGGACGUCGAAGACAUUCAGCAAGCUCUCAUCCCCCUUCCUCUAUCGGUAUCCUGCCGUCCGGUCCCUCCCCCUAUUCGUAGUGGGUAUAAACGCGGUGCCUGUCAACGGUCUCGACUCCAAGCUCUCCCUCCUCGGCCGAGUGGAGAGGCUCUUCCUCGAUUUCCUCGAGGAGGAAGACCACAGCGUUGAGGUCGACGAGGCCGAGGUGCGCCGGGCGUGCAUUGCUCGCUCGUCCUCAAGUGACGCCACCUCUAUGGACUGGACAAUCGGGGAGGUACGGCGCAUGGAAGAGGCGGAGGGAGUCCAUCGGGCUUUGCGGAUCGUCCUCGACAUGUCAAUCCCAGGGGCUCACGUCUUCCCCAAGCUCCACACCCUCUCAAUCGGUGCUCUCCGCGGUACGCACAUAACCUCAAUCCAGUGGCCCAAUACAACGGCCUCGGAAGCCUGGAGCGCCUUCGUGCGGGCCUGCCAAUAUACGCUACAUGACUUCAUCGUGUCGCUGCCCAAUCUCGCCAGCUUCUGUCAAAGCGGUGACGGUCCCUUCUCGGUCACAGCCUUUCGCGGCGAGAGCACUGGCCGGCUCACCAUUACGACCCACUCCACGGUCUACGGGCUUCCCGCUCUCUACCCUACCUGCUUCAGCACACCCACGCGCUGGAUCCUCCACAGCAACGACGACAUGUACCAGAGCGGCAUUGAGCAGUAUGUGGGCGAAAAGGCGAUAGAAGUGAUAGGUCAACAUCUUGUUGAUCGCUUCGAUCUGCUGGAAGAUCUAGAGCCCGAGGAAGACCCGGUCGUCUCCCACUGGAGUAUCCUCGGCGGUCUAUACGUGGGCGUACCGGAGACCUACGGCCGGAAGACACGGGAGGAGGCCACCAAAGCGUGCUUGGCGGGCGCGGCGAAACUCAAUGCUUCAGUGGCGGAAUUGGUGCGGGUGGGGGGAACAGACCUGCCCAGGGGCAUGGUGGUGCGGGAUCUCUGGGAAGUCAAGUCGCUUCCCGAGGCCAAGUGUUCCGCAUGUAGCUGGAGUGGGGAAGGAGAUGGAGCAAGGCGGCCGCCGGGAUGGGAUGACCAUGUCCAAGCCAAUGUCGACUUUCACAACUCGUUGCCGACGUCCAGCAAAGUCCCGAAACCGCUGGGAAGAAAGCGUGCUGGCGUGAGGAUAAAUUCGGACGCGCUGUUGGAUUGCUCGCCUAGUCUCUGA